CGUAGGUGCAGGUGCAGAAUCAAGCUGAUAUAAACUCGUCUUUUAUUGGUGGACAUCCAUCUGACGGAGAGAGAACCCUGUAGGCUUGUCUAAUGGGGCUCUUUGUAUUCAUUUGAACACAGUAUUUGAGCAGUAUGUUUGCUAAAAGUCGCAAUUUUCGCAGAGAAUCUGCCGAGUCUUCCUUGGCAACCUUGAGGAUAUCCGUGUAAUUCAGAGGAAAACGUGCAUUUGAUAGCGCCUACUAUACAAAAUCGCGCGCAUAAAAAGGGGAAAGAUCGAAGGACUCAUCAUUAUCAAAGAUUGCUGUGGAUUCGGGACAUUCGAUAGCGCUAAAAAGUAGAACUCAUUCAAGACUCUGCAGCAUAAUCCCAAAUUGGAUUACUCGUGAGAGACUUUCUAUCAUGGCACUGAACAGCUCAGACCGACCAGGCAUUGAAUUUAUCAACGACAGAGAGAGUAUCAUCCACAAGUCCGUGGCUGUGUCGAUAAUACAAGCCGUGGCAAUGAUAGCUAUGAUUGUGGUGUCGGUUCUGGCAAAUGGCGUCGUUUGUCAUUGCAUUAUCAAGACGCACUCUCUUCACACUAUCACCAACAGUUUCAUAUUCAACCUUGCCGCUACGGACUUUUGCCUUUCCGCCCUGUGCAUGCCAUUCGCACUCGUUUCUUGUAUCACUAAACAAUGGGUUUUUGGGAAGACUGUGUGCGUGGUGUCAGGGUUCCUGCUAUCUAUGUUGUGCAUCGCUUCGAUACUAACUCUAGUUCUUGUAGCAAUAGACCGAUUUAUGGCAAUCAAAUACCCGUUGAAGUACACUUUGUAUGUUACACACAGAGCGUGCGCGUUCAUGCUGGCUUAUGUUUGGUUCCAGGCGGCGGCCUGUGCUCUUCUGCCCGCUCUCGGUUGGGGCAGUGGGUAUGUUUUCGUUGAGCAAGAGAGCAUCUGCAGACCCGAGUUUGGGACUCCGUCUAAGGACAACGGGUUCACGAGCUUUCUGUUCGUUUCUUCUUUUGUAAUCCCAUUUUCUAUAUUAAUUAGUAUCUACUUGUCAAUACUGUGGACGGCAAGAAAGCAAUUUAGGCAAGUUCAUCACGCCAAAAUCCACGUCAUUAAUGUGCAACCAAAAAUUAUUGAGCUAGAAACUGCGGUUGGUACAACCAAGCAAGUAGCAAUCAUUUGUAAGCUAGAAAACGCAGGCACAACAGACAAUAACACUGCGGCAAUGGACGAGAUUACGUCCGCGACUAACACUACACGAGGCAAAAAAAUGGACAGAGCUAGCAGACGGCGUUAUCGCGCGCGUGGUUUUAAGAUGGUGCUUAUGAUUGUAGCAGUUUUCCUAGUAUGCUGGUCUCCCCAUUUCAUUUUGAUAUUCUACGGAAGCUUGUACCAAAUUCAGUUCCCAGCUGCGGUUAAGGCUGUGACAACUUGGUUAACUUUUUUGAAUAGCUCUUUUAACCCAUUUUUGUAUGGGUUCUUUAAUGCUCGUUUCAGAUCAAGCCUAAAGAGGGUUUUUGGCGAUAAACUUUUAUGUUGCCGUUGGCGGCAUCAAGAUGAUUAAAUUAGUCAAGAGAAGAACGUGACCCUUAAGGAAAUCAAUUUAUAUUUAUCUCUUAUAGAGACAGAAUUUUAUUACUUUUAUUGACAGCCACGAGCUUGAUAGAAAAAUAUGGCCACAUAAAUACAACUUUUUUUGUAAUAUGAUGGAGAAGUUGUUUUCGUGUUUUCUUCUCAAAUCUAAGUAUCUAUCCUUAGUCAUACUUUAAAAAAAAUGUAAAUAUAUUGUAAAUACAGCAGAAAAAUAAAAGUGACUCAACAGAUUGUUUCUUCAAACGAUUGAAUGAC